AUGCCUGAGCUUGCCAAGUCCGCUCCUGCUCCGAAGAAAGGCUCCAAGAAGGCGGUGACCAAGGCUCAGAAGAAGGACGGCAAGAAGCGCAAGCGCAGCCGGAAGGAGAGCUACUCCGUAUACGUGUACAAAGUGCUGAAGCAGGUCCACCCGGAUACCGGCAUCUCGUCCAAGGCCAUGGGCAUCAUGAAUUCGUUCGUUAACGACAUCUUCGAGCGCAUCGCGGGCGAGGCGUCGCGCCUGGCGCAUUACAACAAGCGCUCGACUAUCACCUCCAGGGAGAUCCAGACGGCCGUGCGCCUGCUGCUGCCUGGCGAGCUGGCCAAGCACGCCGUGUCUGAGGGCACCAAGGCUGUCACCAAGUACACCAGCUCCAAGUGA